CAUAUCCCCCACAUGUGGUGUGUUGUGAAUGUGCUGCCUGGAAGUGCCUUCACCUGGCACCCUACUCUGAUUGGUCUCUGACAGUCUUAGAGUAGAUGAUGUCACUAUAGAGGUCAGCUAAGGUGACUUGCAUAUACAUGGUCAUGUUAAUGAGGUGAUUAUUGCAGGAGCUGAUGUGCACUGUAUGUGGUUCUAGGAGCUGGAUUCUGAUUGGGCCGCCCAGCCAGUCUUUCCCUCAGAUACACAAGAUUGUUAUUCAGGCCAGUGCAUUGAUUGAUUUUCAUUCUUAUUGCUUCCCUGUGGUAUUGUAUGUGAAGGGAAGCCAGCCUGUGGACGGAGUAUGUGAUCAAGUCAAAAGAAGGGCAGUAUUAGCUGAAGCCCAAUACAAGACAAGUGAAUCUACUGAUGGGGUUGAAGAACCCAGACUUGAAUGGACUUACAAUUGCCAGUUACUAUAGGUGUGUGAGUCUAACAUCAUCAGUCCUUGUGACCCUGGCCAAGUAGACCUGUGUGUACAAAUGGUGACCCAUUGCUGGCUGUGGGGCAUGGUUAUGUGAACCGUCAAAGAGGAUGAAUACACCUUGCCACACCCACAAACACCAACCAUAAGCAGGCGAGGAUCAGAAGAUAGAAACACGUUAUUACAUCACCAUCUGGCAAACAUCAAGGUUACAGGUUACUAUUGUGCCAUAUGAACAGGUUGACCUGAGCAGCAUGGCUGAUUCUAGUGACCGUAAACCUGCCCAGAAACGCUUGUCUAAGCAGAAUGAGAUCGAUGAUGAAGAGGAGGGGGAAGACAACAGUCCAAGCUCUGACCAAUCUGAUACUACGCUGACCGCUGGCCCGGACACACCUGGUAUCCAGUCCUCCCCUGACUCUCCCACUAACAAAGAGGAGGAGGAGGAGGAUGAAGAAGGGAGACAGCCCUCGCGGAGUCAAUCCUCCUCACCUGAGCAGACAAACAAAAACCAUUCAUACUCAAACUCGAAAGGGAACAAACUCCAGAGAAGUCAGGCUCUCACUGAGGAUGACUCGCCUCCCCCUGAUGAAUCUGCUGGUGGUGAUGGUAGUGGCCCCAAACAUAGAUCUGGAAAGUCCAGCAGAGCAAAGUUAGAGAAGACUGGUUCUGGAUCUCUGAGCUCUGAGGCUGGUACCUCGUCUAGUUUGUCCAGGGAUUCCAGUACUGAUGCCCCGUACACAGAUUCCUCAGGCAUUGACUUGGAGGAGUUCAUCAAGAUGACUCUGAACAGAACCCCCAAAGACAGACAAAUGCUUCUUCAGCUGGAGAAAGAUCUUUUGAAUUUUAUACAGGAGCCUGAUCAUCAUUAUUUAAAGUUUCCACCAAUGUCCUCCUAUAACCGGAUGUUGGUACAUCGAAUAGCAGCAUUUUUUGGGUUAGAUCAUAAUGUAGACCAAACAGGCAAGGCAGUUAUUGUGAACAAAACCAGUAAUACAAGAGUCCCAGAGUUUAAUUUUGGUGAUCAUAUACGCGGGAAUGGCGGUGGGCCCUUAGAAGUUCCACGGCGACUAUUAAAGAGAGAUGGGGGUAAAGGGGGAGAUAAGCCCCACCUUAACAACGACAAAAGAACAAAGUCUUUAGAAGAGCGACAGUAUGACUAUAAUCAGGCUCGAGCACGUAUAUUUCAGCAGCAGGAUAGUGAUCGAUCAACUACUUCAACAUACAGUGACCAUCUGGAUUGUUUGGGUAAACGGCCUGACAGUUUAAGCAGCAGUAAGGAGGAUGUGCGAUGGAGAGAAAUGAGGCCAUGGAGCAGUACAGACUCCAGUGGCUACAGUACAGACAGCAGCUUUAAGGGGAGACAACCUAUGACAAAAGCCAGCAGUUUUGGUGGAGUACCCAGUGCUAUUAUGGCAAGACCGGUUUUCAAAGGACCAUCAGUGUCCAAAACAGAUUCAGUGAGCAGCGGGGUUUCCAGUCUUGGUAGCCCAAUGACGCGCCCACCUGCUAUACCCUCUUCCCCAGGGAACCAGUCUGAUGCUAGCAUUCUGUCAGGCAGUAGUUCCUCUGGUCCCAUCUACUCUCCCCCACAACCAAUCAUAAUAGAAGGGGGCAACUCUAUGAUGAACUCUGGCUGCUAUCAUGUCAGUGGGAGUGGUCCUAACUCUAGCCAGCAGCAGAUCUAUUGGGUAGCCUCCAAUGCGGACUCUGUACCCCCAGGCAGUAUCAUCAUCAACCCACAAACAGGACAACCAUAUGUCAAUCAAGACGGAUCAUUAUAUCGCUAUCACCCUAAUCAGCCAUUACCCGGUUCCCCUUCCACACCAUCAGAGCCGGCCCAUCCCCACCCUGUGUAUGCCCAACCCACAGUUAUCCCAGUAGAGCGGCCUCCCUACACCCGGGAUGGGAGUGGAGGAAGCCGAGAGCUGUGUCAUCAAAUGUCCUCCUUCACAAUAGCAUCCCACGGGACAGAACCUGUGAUUGACUCAUCCCAGGGGGCGCCACAUGCCCCCAUCAUAUACCCUAGUGUUCACGCACCGCAGACAGGAAGCCACUCACAAUCACAAGUCAUUAUGCAACAACCAAAUUACUACGCAGGAGGCCAGUCUGGUGUGAGCGGGCCUCAGGUGCGCUACAUGUACCCGGUGAGCUACGUGAGUGGGCCACAGAGCCAGGUGCCCGGCUCAUUGGAGGGGGGGCAGAGCCACCAAACAUCAGCCAUAUCACAGUCUACAGGCCAGUACCCCUCCCAACAGUACGUUGUCCCCUACUCUGCAGGAUACCAGGGGAUUACAUAUCAGCAAGUCCCGUGCCAAAGCUCAGAGUCGUUCCAGCAGACGCCUUAUCCCCAGGCCGUGAACUACCCUAGUGCCCCUACAGACUCUGUUCAACCUCACUUUUCUGCCUACCCAGCAGGACAUCAGUUAUAUAACACCCAGCCUCCCAGCUAUGUACCACAGCCUCAGGCACCUCAGGGGCCCAUCUAUUACACUGUGCCAACCUCAAGUCCCCAGCCUACGUUUGCAUUCAGUACUCAAGGGUCAUUCCGCCCUACCACUCCACCUAGUCAAGGAAGUGUGGCGUCAGCCAAUCCAAGUUUACCAGUCAACCUGGGUCAGCCUGUGACCCUCACAGCACCUGCACCUCCGGCACAACCUCCAGGUAACUCCGUUAGUAUAAGCUCUCCACAGUACUUUCAGUAUCCAGCUUUCUCUCCGCUCUCCAGUGCUCAGCGCGCCCAAACACCGCAGCUGGUGCAGUAUGCCAGCUUACCACAGUCUAGUGGUGGACAGACUAUUCCCAUGGUAAGACCCAAUAUGCAAAUAAGUAUGCAAAUUCCAUCCCAAGGGACAACGCCUGUAACGGGAAGCAUACAGCAGACGAUACCAUCACCGGCAGGGCCUUGUGCAAUGAAAGGAUUCUUGUUUGACACCCGCGUACCCAAAUCUCCUGAGCUGGCCGGGAGCGGUGACGGUGGGGCGACUGUGUUCAUGGGUCAGAGCUUCAGUGUGGGACCCCCAGGUGCCGCUCCACCGGUGAGGCCUGGGGGAGGAGUGCCUAUCUUCAGGCCUCCAAACCCAGUCAACACAGCUGAUGGGAGAUUAUAUGGACAGUCCAUGACAGCAGGAAUCAGAUCACAGAUUCAGCCUCUACAGUUCCCUCAAAGGUUACCCUCUCCUCAGUCAACCAGUGGUAUACCAAUGUCUAAACCGGUGAGGGCACCACGUCGCGUAGCUAAUACGACUAAACAGGGCAGCAAGGAGGUCAUGACAGGCCAGUUGUCAGCCAUAGAGCUUCCCAAAGGUAGCCAUGUUCUAGAAGUGUGUGAUUUGCCACCUGGUGUCACACAGAUCCAAGCAAACAAACUUCUAGAGGACAUUGUUGCUAAAGGUGCCACCAUUCAGUACUACCCACGGAACAAAAGCUCUGUGGCUGUGACAGGAUCCACCCCCAUAUCAGACCUUACAGUGCUAGCAAUAUUCUCAGCAGGGCCCACUGCAUCCCAGGUUCUGCAAACCUACUCCAGCACUAACUUUACAUUAAGGUCAACACUUAAUGGAGAGCCCAGUAUAACAAGGCCAGAGUAAAUUAACAAGAUAAUAUUAUUAUGAAAUGGAGAAAAUAACCUGAGAGCACAUAUUUUUAUAGAAAUACGAAAUUUUAAAGGAAUAUUUUAUUUAAGAGUAAAUUAAGUACCAAUGUUUUAUGGUUGUUUAUGUGUGUUUGUCAGCUCUGAAGGAAUAACAUUACGGUCACAUGCUCCCUGCUCUGUCCAUGUGGCCUCCAGUGUUUGCCACUGGCCAGGGAGAGCCUCGGUUUACAGGACAGACUCAAGACAGUGGCUCUGUCCAUAUCUCAACUACUGUGAUUUUAUUUUUAUUGUUAUGAUUUAGUUGGCAUUAAGUGUAGACAAAGGGUGAUUAUAUGCGGUGGGGUGUAUUAAAGGUUUAAGGUUUUAUUGUUGUUUUCUGAGAUCAGUUCCAGUGUUUACUGAUUUGAAGUACUUGGCCACCUUAACAUAAAAAGGACUAUUGGCACAUGGCAGCACACUACCUUUAUCAUUGAGGGUAUUACUAUGGGGUUAUUCAGUCAGAUCUGACGGUGAUGUACUAGCUGUCUGUUCCUGAUUCUCACAGCCUGGGUAGGAGGACACAAGCCCUGAUGGGGACCCUAUUAGGUGUUACAUUGCAGUGGUUUACGCCAUCUCAGAGUGUUCCAUUGUCAGAUUCUGUGUCACCUGAUAUCUACAAAAAGUAGUCACGACAUGUAGGAAGGCACUCCAGUGUACAUGUUUUUACAGGGACAGUCCUGUACAAACCAAACUCGUAUGUUUUUGUCUGUCUCAUAUUAGCUGUGGCCGGUUUGGUGUUCAGCUCUAAACAAUCAUAACAUUUAUGGUCUGUGGCUGUUGUGCUAUGUACUCUAAAUACCUACUUUUAAAGUCAAGACCUUAGAUAUCACAUUCAAAUGACACACAGUACCUGCUGGUUUUUUCUUCAGCUGCAUAAUUCUAUCUGGAAACUCUGGUGGCUCUACCCUCAGUCAUAAUAUAACUUUCCACUGUACUGUAUGCUUUCUGGUUUCUUACAUAUGUACUUUUAUACAUUUCUUACAUUUUCUUGCACAAGCUCUCCCAAACUGCAGAUUGUUUCUCAUUCAUGAUGUCUGGACCAUGCCUGUCAUUUUGGCUGGGGUAAUGUUCUACACAUUGUUCAUGUGUUUGUGACAUGCUGUGGAAUGCUAAAGCUAAACGAUGUAGGUGUGACAGAAGCUUGGAUGGUUACCUUGCAAAAAUAUAAGCCGCAUAAAGACAAAUGUGUCUUGGUUUAUCCGUACUGUUCGCAACCCCGACUGGUGAGGGUUUAUGUGUACUGGUGAGCUGACCUCUGAGAUCUGAAUUGAUUCAAUAACUGUUGAUUUGAAAGGCACAAGUCUUUGACUAAUUACUGACUUGACUGGCUGUGGAAGUAUUGACGCAUUAUCAUUGGCUUUGAGCCACUAGCAACAUGGGAUACAACUUCUGACCAGUUAAUCGUUGUCGCUGACUGAGAUGUUAACUGGUCACUGGUGGACAGUGUAAUACUCUAUGGUUGAUGUACAGAACUAGGGGACUCAUCUCUUUACCUCACGCCUUCUUGUGCCUUGCACCACUUCUCAUUCAUCUCCACUUACAUGAAUGUGUAUCUCAUACAGCCAUCUACAUGUCUUUUAUGCACCAAUAGUAAAUAUUAUAAAUUAUAAAUAUGAAGUGUUGGAGUGAAAUGUUCAGCCUGUCAGUGUUGUGAUGGUCAUGACUGGUAGUGGGCCAUGUAGUGCUUUUCUUGUACAUUGACAACCACCCCAAAGCUUGUCUCUACAUUAUUCUUUUAUAGCAUUAUCUGGAUUGCUUUGAACUUGUACAUGUUUCAUAUGUUGUGCACCAACAGGGAGAACGAAAGUAUUUAUAAUUAUGGUGAUGAUUAUUAAUUUGUUUUUAGACGUGCGCAGCGCAUGGUGAAGUAGACCUGACCUCUGUGUUUCUCAGCAUAAUAAAAUCUAGCUGUAAGAGACCAUAUCAGUGGGCAAAAGCGGUAGUGAAAUGCAAGGCAGAUAUCACUUUCCAUCAUCACAAAAAGUGGGUCCAUUUCAAUUUCGUACAUGUUGAGAGACGAAUCCUUGUAUCAUUAAUUGUGCCGCAGAAUUGGGUGAAACCAAAUAGCUUGUCAUUUAAAGUUGCCAUGGGUUAUUGUUCAUUGAAAGUUCUGGGUAAAUUAGGACAUUGUUAGAUUUCCAUCUAAAAAUGCCGAAGUCAUAAAAGUGCAAUUGAAAACUUUUUGUUUUAUGUUUUAAUCUUUUUCUUAUUUACAUGCAUUAUUUUACGAAUCUGACUAGAUCCAUUUACAAGAACUUAUUCAUGUACAUUUACCUUUUGGGGCGAAUGACUUUUAAACGGUGUAAGUUCAAAACAAGUUAGUCUACCUGACUGCAGGUUUGCCCAGCUUGCCCACUUCCUCACAGUCAGGGUCAAGGAACAGGAUGUUCUGCUGCCUGAACAGCUUCAUGUAUUUGUCUGUAGAACAGUUUUGGGUAGGCCAUGAUGUUAAUAGCAUGGGGUGGAUGGGUCAUUGUCAGAAGCCGUGGUCAUGCACUCAUUGUUUUUAGCAUUACUAUUGAUAAAGUACUUAUGCAACUGUGUUCAAUUCUAAUUUACCGUGUGUCUUAUCAGAUGAACAGUUUCAUCACAAGUACAUGUGGGCUUCUGUUUUCAUACUCAUUGUAAUGUGUUUGAUUCAUACACUCCUUGUAUUGUUUUUUGUCUGGGAGUUAGUGGUCUCAGUUAACAUAUCCGGUGUUUUUCUCAGGCAGUUAUAGUGUCUAGGGCAGUGUAUGUUUUGUUUAGUGGAAGUACUUUUAGAUAUGAACAACACCCACCUAACGGGCCAUAUUCCACUUACCGCACAAGUCUAUGUCCUUAAUAAUCUGUUUUAUUUUCUCCUUCUGUCCACAUUAGUCAAAUAAUAUGAAUUCUCUAGUGAAACUUUGUCAAGUUUUUUUAGCCAGCUGAGAUGUAAUAUUGCCAUAUGUACCAGUUGCCAAAUUUCACUCAUGUCUAUGAAAAGGAUACGCUAUUUUGUUGCAAUAUUGUGUUGCUGCGUUCAUGGUUGUCUGUCACCAGGUGCCGUGAGGAAAACAAGUUUUAAACAUUUUUCAGGUUUUAUAUUUAUCUAGAACAGGGUUACAGAAGUUGAUGAAAUUGUUAGAUAUUUAGUGCAGUCCUUCUAUUUUGUAAAACACUUUGGCAUUUAGCCUGGUAUACAGCAAAGGGAAGUAACCUCUCUGUGAUCAGUAAUGAAUACACUAUGUGUAUAGUACUGUAGAUCUGACCAGGUUGCUUGGAUGUUGUCGUCAUUGUAGCUGUAACCGAUACUGACCACGCUACAUUCUGUCACUUGUUACUGUGCAUCCCAACCAAACUGUCACUGAUGUAUUCACUGUGAACAUAGUGUCAGAUGUGAUAAUGUUCCAGCACAAAGUUACUGUUUCACAGAGGCAGUAGAUGUACAAAUGUUUGUCAGAUUCUUUAAGUUUUAAACGAUGACUACAUUCUGUUUGUUGAAAAAGCACUGUUAGCUGAGUACUAUAUGUUAUAACGUCUCUGGUGCCGUUGGUUAAUUUUGACCCGAGUUAGUCAUGAUGUGUCAACACUGAGUGACCACUGGGAAAGCAGCUUUGACAUCACUAGCUGCCCUGCAGCAUAACCGAACACGGGUAACGUUUGGCUACUAACCAAGACAGAGACCAUGUGAUCUCGGGAUAUUAGAAGCAACUGUCUUAGGUGGUGAAUGUUGUCAGUUGUAGAGAGUCAGCAUGUGGGUGACAAGCCUCUGAUCUCAUCACUGUACUUUGGUUAGUUACUGGCAUACUCAAGGCAGUCACUGGCCAUGCUGACCUUAUGAGAUUGGGCUUGUUGAUUGUAUAGCAUUUCACACCAGUAGUUGCUGAUAUGUCAGUGGGUACUGUGCUAUAAGACAGUGGACUGGUGCGAGUCUGCCUGUCUGUUAUUGGUGUGUCCCCUCCCUGUAGCCGCUAACGUGUGUUAAAUACCUGUGGAGUGUUGUCUACUUCCAUGGAUAUCAGUGUUGACAUAAAAUCUAAGAAAAGUGAAAA